CUGAAGUUGACGAGAAGAAGAAGAAGAAGAAGAGGAGGAGGAGGAGGACGACGACGGCGAAGAAGAGCAGGAGGAAGAGUUGAGGUAGUUUCUCUGCUGCGCUGCGGACUCAGACCUGGUUCACAUGUGGAUGAUGUGGAGCUGUGAAACAACAUGAGCGGACACACACGGAAGUAGCUUCCCGCGCCCCUGCCUCCAUCUCCGGCUUCUGUGAGAGCCUCCGUCGGGAUGUUUUCAACCAACAUGGAAAACAAGAGAGUGGACAUCCCGUCCGGGGUCCUGGACGAUCUCUGCAGCCGCUUCAUCCUGCACAUCCCCAGCGAGGAGCGGGACAACGCCAUCCGGGUGUGCUUCCAGAUCGAGCUGGCCCACUGGUUCUACCUGGACUUCUGCAUGCAGAACACGCCCGGGGCCCCGAGCUGCGGCAUCAGGGACUUCGCCAAAGCUGUUUUCCAUCACUGUCCGUUUCUCCUGCCUCAUGGAGAGGACGUGCAGAAGGUCCUGGAACAGUGGAAGGAGUACAAGAUGGGCGUUCCGACCUAUGGAGCCAUCAUUUUAGAUGAAUCUUUAGAAAACGUUAUUCUGGUUCAGGGAUACCUCGCCAAGUCUGGCUGGGGCUUUCCUAAAGGCAAAGUGAACGAGGACGAAGCUCCUCACGACUGUGCUGUGCGCGAGGUGAUGGAGGAGACGAGCUUCGACAUCAAGAAUCGAAUCUGCAAAGACGCGUACAUCGAGCAGAAAAUCACGGACCAGGUGGUGAGGCUCUACAUUAUACCAGGAGUGACCAAGGACACGAAGUUCAACCCCAAAACCAGGAAAGAGAUCCGGAACAUCGAGUGGUUCCCCAUCGAGAAGCUUCCCUGUCACAGGAACGACAUGACCCCGAAGUCUAAACUGGGACUGGCCCCCAACAGGUUCUUCAUGGCCAUUCCAUUCAUAAGGCCGCUGCGAGAAUGGAUCAGCCGCCUGAAGGGCGAGUCGACCGACAGCGACGAGGACCUCACCAGCAGCAGCAGCACUCCAGGCAAACCUUCAGACAACGUCCGGUCAAAAUCCCGCCACCUCACUGGGACCUAUGUAUUUCCUGGGAACGGCUGGACUAAACACACGUCGCAGAAGGCUGCGGGCCAGCUGAGCCAGUCCGAGCCGAACCAGAACCCAGUCUUAAAGAGCAAUGGGAAGAAAGGUCAGGACUCCGUCGUGAAGAAAGGAGCCAACGACAAUGGAGCCAGCAACCAGCCGGGGAAAACCAUUCUAAAGGACGAUAAAAGACUUCAACCCAGACGACUGCAAGACAGCUUUGAGAGAAAUGGGUCUGAGUGCAGCUCCGUCGACCUCAGCAGAGACUCUGAGCAGCUGCUCUCGUCCAAGAGUUUCCUCAACUUCAGAUUCGACAGAGAAGCCAUCAUGAAAUGCUUUGACUACUGACGUGAUGAAGCAUUGUGCCACUCCUGCAACAAUAUCCAAAUAUGGCCUCACUGUUGAUGACGUGAAACAAACCACCAUGAAAACAUCCUCUUCUCUCACGCUCAUCAAAAACUAGAUAAAAAAUCCAAACACAAUUUUAAUGCUAAACUAGCAUUUCGGUGGAUUUUCCAUGUCAGGAUCAUCACACAACCAAUUUAAGAAUGGAAAAUAGAAAGUCCUUUUCAUGUUCAUUUCAAUGGUUGUGGCAGUGUAGCACACAGAAACACAUUCUCUCUCUGGCAUUGACUUUUUAAUUUCUCACAAAUAAUAUACACAGAAGGCAAAAAUGCAUUUCAAUUUGCCUCAGUAGAUGCAUUUUAAUAUAGUCAGCCACGAGCUUCUGUACAUUGUUGUAGAUGUUUGCCUAAAUUUGACCCACUUGUGUUUGCCAGAUUUUUAGCAGUCAUGUUAAAUCAUAACGUCCUGAACAGGUUUACGUGUUUAAAUACCUGUUCAGUUUUAUCAGACAAGUUCUCGGUUGUGUUCUUCAUGACCCACGUGUGCCACAGAGUGGAGUCAGCAGGAUAACAUUCAGACUCUUGACAGAGGACCCCUACUGUGAAGAUAUUCACAUAUUCACCUGAAGACAUGAGCAAAGGUUACUUUUCAUAGAAUAAUGAACUGUUUCCAAAGUCUGUAGAGUUCAACCCACAGUCUAAGAAUCUACGUUCUGAAUGUGAGUUCUUUGUUAUUACUGACUGUACAGAUGCUGAUCUCCAGUUGUCCUGACUGAUGUUAUGACUGUGAAUAAAGUAAAGUCUGAUUUUUAA